AUGUCGACCCACAUGGAAUACAGCUCCUGCCCAAGAGAUUGCCCCACUAUGGACAGCCUGGAGAGGCAGCUGAUCUGCCCCAUCUGUUUGGAGAUGUUUACCAAGCCAGUAGUGAUCUUGCCUUGCCAACACAACUUGUGCAGGAAAUGUGCCAACGAUAUCUUCCAGUCUCGAGGGACAACCUUGGGGUCUGCAGGCAGGUUUCGCUGCCCAUCCUGCCGCCAUGAGGUGGUCCUCGACAGGCAUGGCAUCUACGGCUUGCAACGGAACCUACUGGUUGAGAACAUCAUUGAUAUUUACAAGCAGGCAUCAGCAAGUGGGCCAGAGAGGCCUCUAUUAAAAACCGAGCACCCAACCUGCGAAGAACACGAGGAAGAAAAAAUCAACAUCUAUUGCGUGACAUGUGGGGUUCCCACCUGCUCCCUCUGCAAGGUUUUUGGAGAGCACAAGGAAUGCGACGUGGCGCCCCUCUCGGACAUCUACAUGAAGCAGAAGGCAGAGCUGACAGAUGGGAUCGGUGCGCUCGUGGCUGCAAAUGAUCGGACUCAGGCCUACGUUGGUGAUUUGCAAGGCACAUGCAGAAAUAUCGAGGACAACUGCAAAGCUCAGAAGCAGGCCCUCUGCGAGAAGUUUGACCGCAUGUGUGCCAUCUUGGAGGAGAGGCGGAAGAUCAUGCUGCAGAGGAUCAUUUACGAGCAGGAGGAGAAGACCCAGCACUUGAAAUCCCUUAGCAAAGCCUGUGCUGACCACAUUGAAUCUUCCUCCAAGCUGGUGGACGCAGCCCUGCAGUCCAUGGAGGAGCCCCAGAUGUCUGUCUUCGUGCAGAAUUCAAAACUUCUCAUCCAAAAGAUUGCUGAGAUGACCCAGAACUGCAAGCCAGACACCCUGGAGUCGGGAUAUGACAACAUGGAGCACUACACAGUGGAUUUCAAUGCUGAGGAACGAGUCCUCUACCAGCUGGAUUUCAUCAAAGUGGAAGAAGAGCCAGAAUCCAUGGCAGAGGAAGGUGGGGCCUGUGGGGAGGCUGAAGACUCUUUGGCAGAAUAUGGGGCAGCUGCUGGGGAGGGCCCUGAAGACCCCUUUGCCUUUGGGACAGAGGAGCAGCCCCGGGCAAGAGCUCUCUUGGCGAGCGAGACGCUGAGUGGCAUUGCCCAUGGGGCAGAUGCUCAGGUGGAUGCAUUCCACGAUCCAGCUCAGUCUGGGACCGAGGGCCAGCUGUGGGGUACCCAGCAGCUGGAUGGAGAGCACCAUGUCACUGGUUCUGAUCCAUCUGUAUCCCUGACAGAGGGUGCCUUGCGACAACCCAAAAUGGAGGGCGCUUCUGGAGAAGCCUUCAGCACCAUGGACAGCUCAGCUGAGACUGAAGAGGGUGGUGGACUCAGCAGCAGCAUAGAUGGCGAAGCUGGGAAUGCCCUCCUCCUAAACAGAAUGGCUUCUCCUCCUAGUCGGGCACCUGCAUCCAGUCCCACCACUGACAGAUGGCAGAGUGAGGCCAUCACGGAACCUCUCCUUAGCAGCUGCUUCAAUCCCACCCUUUGGCUACACGAUUAAGGCAGGCUGGAGCAACGGUGAAGCGAGCUCCCUGUUUCUCCCACUCUCCGCUGACAAUCUCCUUACAGCCUUCUGCCAUGCAGCCCAUAAAUCAAUCGUGGAGUCUAUGGGAGGAGCAAAUAAGAUGCAGAACCUACAGAACAGAACUCCAGCUGACUCAAGCACGUGAGCCAAGUCACAAGCUCUCAAGGACUCCUCGGCAUUCCUCAUUCUUCUCCUUGGGCUGUCUCCCCUUCAGUUCUCUCCUCCACUUCCGCCUCUCCUCCCAAAAUUCUUAAUAUCACAGUCAGAUUAGCUGACGCCGGUUAAACAUGUGUAUGCAAAUAUCUCCCAAUUGGCACAACUGGUUGGAAACAUGUGGUUUGUUAUCAACGGAGAGCCUCCCCUCUGCUUAUUAACCUUGCUUUAGAAAGCAACAGACUUAUUAAAAUAAAGUUUAUUCAGAA